CAGAAUAUUGUUUCUGAAUCAGACUGGGAUGAUUUUAUGGCUGCUCUUAAACGUCCAUUACCAGUUUCAUUCCGAAUUACUGGGAGUCAUAGGGAUGCAAGCGAUCUUCGAGAGUAUAUGAAAAAAGUACACUUUCCAGCGUUGCAAGGAUUUGAUAUUGACGGUGAAGUGAUCAAUCCUCCAAACCCUAUAGAAUGGUAUCCAAACCAACUUGCGUGGCAAUUUGACUGCAGUAGAACAGCACUCCGAAAAUCUCCAAAAGUAAAGGCAUUUCAUAGCUUUUUGAUGUCCGAGACCAAUGUAGGAAACAUCAGUCGUCAAGAGGUUGUUAGUAUGAUUCCAGUCAUGUUCUUGGAUGUCAAGCCAAGCCAUUAUUUAAUAUUGUUUACAUAUAGGUGUGCCGCGCCAGGAAGUAAAACAGCUCAGCUAUUGGAAGCAAUUCAUAAUGUUGGCGAAAACUAUGAUAGUGAAACUUUGGCCGAUGGACUGGUUGUUGCAAACGACUCUAAUUACGAACGGAGUCAAAUGUUGGUUCAUCAGGCCAAGCGACUUCAGAGUCCAUGUCUUUUGGUUACAAACCAUGAUGGUCAAGAGUUUCCUCGCGUUUUUCUAACAGAUCGUCACUCUACUGAAGGAGCCACUGUUUUACAGUUUGAUCGUAUUCUUUGCGAUGUGCCUUGUAGUGGUGAUGGUACAAUGCGCAAAAACAAGACCAUUUGGCGUACUUGGACCCAUGCCAAUGGAAAUGGUCUUCAUCGUUUACAAAAGCAGAUUCUUCAACGCGGAUGUGAGCUUCUCAAAAUUGGUGGACGCAUUGUAUACAGUACUUGCACGUUUAAUCCAAUUGAAAACGAGGCAACAUCAAUCUUUUGUCUAACUGUAUUUGGAAAUACAGGAGCUCUCCGGCUUGUUGAUGUAUCUGCCGAUUUACCUCAGUUGACUCGUAGAUCAGGUCUCACUACCUGGAAGGUCAUGGACAAGUCGGGAGCUAUGUUUGAUACGUUUGAUUCUGAGAACGAGUCACACCGUACUACUUUAGCCCCAACCUUUUUCCCGCCUAAAAAUGUAGAUGAGCUUGGCCUUAAUAACUGCAUGCGUGUAUAUCCAUACAUGCAAAAUGGAGGUGGCUUUUUUGUCGCAGUGAUUGAAAAAGUUGCUUCAAUUGGAACAAUGGAUAAUUACUCUAUCCCUAAAGAAGAACGAGUUUCUCGAUCCAGUGAAAAAGUGUUUUUGGAUAGUCAAACCACGACUGACACGACCGCUGCUGAAACACCUGCAAAAUCUGAUGAGUUGAAAGCUGAGAAUACAAACGAACCUAUCUUGAAUGAAAAUCUGAAGCGACCUAGCAACGAGGAACAAAGGUAA